CGCGGGCGUUCUGAGCCUGAGCGCAACGCCGGCCCCGGGGAUGCCCAUCGAGCUGCUGGCCCUGGCCAUGUCGUCGUCCUUCUUCAACCCCAGCUUCGCCUUCAGCUCCCACUUCGACCCGGACGGUGCCCCGCUCAGUGAGCUGUCCUGGUCCUCGUCCCUCGCAGUGGUUGCUGUGUCCUUCUCGGGGCUCUUCACGGUCAUCGUCCUCAUGCUGGCCUGCCUGUGCUGCAAGAAGGGCGGCAUUGGGUUCAAGGAGUUUGAGAAUGCUGAGGGGGACGAGUAUGUGGCCGACUUCUCGGAACAGGGCUCCCCGGCCGCAGCUGCGCAGAACGGCCCGGAUGUGUAUGUCCUGCCCCUCACGGAGGUCUCCUUGCCCAUGGCCAAGCAGCCGGGUCGCUCAGUGCAGCUCCUCAAGUCCACGGACCUGGGCCGGCACAGCCUCCUGUACCUAAAGGAGAUUGGCCAUGGCUGGUUUGGGAAGGUGUUCUUGGGGGAGGUCCACUCGGGCGUCAGCGGCACGCAGGUGGUGGUGAAGGAGUUGAAGGCCAGCGCCAGUGUGCAGGAGCAGAUGCAGUUCCUGGAGGAGGCACAGCCCUACAGGGCCCUGCAGCACAGCAACCUGCUUCAGUGUCUGGCCCAGUGUGCUGAGGUGACCCCCUACCUGCUGGUUAUGGAGUUCUGUCCGCUGGGGGACCUCAAAGGUUAUCUACGGAGCUGCCGGGUGACAGAGUCCAUGGCCCCCGAUCCCCUGACCUUGCAGCGCAUGGCGUGUGAGGUGGCCUCUGGGGUCUUGCAUCUACAUCGUCACAAUUACGUGCACAGCGACCUGGCCCUGAGGAACUGCCUGCUAGCGGCUGACCUGACGGUGAAGGUCGGCGACUAUGGUCUAUCACACUGCAAAUACCGGGAAGACUACCUCGUGACUGCUGACCAGCUGUGGGUGCCGUUGCGCUGGAUUGCGCCAGAGCUGGUGGACGAGGUGCACGGCAACCUGCUGGUGGUCGACCAAACCAAGGCCAGCAAUGUGUGGUCCCUGGGUGUGACCAUCUGGGAGCUCUUCGAGUUGGGUGCCCAGCCGUAUCCUCAGCACUCGGACCGGCAGGUGCUGGCUUACGCCGUCCGAGAGCAGCAGCUUAAGUUGCCCAAGCCCCAGCUGCAGCUGAGUCUAUCUGAUCGCUGGUACGAAGUGAUGCAAUUCUGCUGGCUGCAGCCGGAGCAGAGGCCCACGGCCGAAGAGGUUCACCUGCUGCUGUCUUACUUGUGCGCCAAGGGCACCACGGAGUUGGAGGAGGAGUUUGAGCGGCGCUGGCGCUCCCUGCGGCCCAGCGGCAGCACGGGCCUGGGGUCAGGUUCCAUUGGCCCGGCAGCUGCCGCCGCUGAGCUCGCCGCCACCUCGUCUUUCCCGCUGCUGGAGCAGUUCACCAGUGACGGCUUCCACGUGGACGGCGACGACGUGCUGACAGUAACAGAGACCAGCCACGGCCUCAACUUCGAGUACAAGUGGGAGGCGGGCUGUGGCGCGGAGGCGUUCCCACCCCCAGGGGGCGUGUCGAGCCCAGACUCCGCGGCGCGCCUGCAGGAGUUGUGUGCACCCGACAGCUCACCCCCGGGAGUGGUGCCAGUGCUAAGCGCCCACAGCCCCUCAGUGGGUAGCGAGUACUUCAUCCGCCUAGAGGGGGCAGUACCUGCUGCUGGCCAUGACCCGGACUGUGCCGGCUGUGCUCCCAGUCCCGAAGCUGGCACUGACCAGGAUAACAACUCCGAGGACAGCACCGUCACUUCUCUCGUUAUGGAGCCACUGCUGGGCCACGCACCUCCCUCUGGGGGCCUGUGGGGCUCCUGUGACCACCAUUCGUGUAGGAGGCAAGAACCGCCCUGCCCCUCACGCUCACCCUCUCCUGGGACCCCGAUGUUGCCGGCUGAAGACAUAGACUGGGGUGUGGCUGCCUUCUGCCCACCCUUCUUUGAUGACCCAUUGAGUGCCUCUCCCUCUGGGAGUCCUGAGGCCCAGCCAUCCCCCAGCGACGAGGAGCUGGAGGAGGAGAAGGCAGGGAGGGCUGCUCACCGCGGACACUGGAGCUCUAAUGUGUCAGCCAACAAUAACAGUGGUAGCCGAGACCCAGAAUCUUGGGAUCCCGGCUAUGUGAGCAGCUUCACAGACAGCUACAGGGACGACUGUUCCAGCCUAGAGCAGACCCCACGGGCCUCCCCUGAGCUGGGCCACCCUCUGUCCCAGGAGGAUCCCAGAGAAUUUCUGCCCGGGCUUGUGGUAGCAGCCUCUCCCUGUCAGGAGCCAAGCCGCUGCUUCAGCCUGCUCCCUCUGUGUCCGGCCAAAGGCCUGGCACCUGCUGCUUGUCUGGCCACACGCCCCUGGACAGAGGCAGCUGUAGGUGGGGGUGAGAGCCCCCAGGUGGAACCCAGACUUGCCCAGGAGGCUGAGGGCUCUGCUGAAUCCCAGCUAUCCCUUCCUUCUGUCCCCUCUCCAUCUCACGAAGGGGCCUCACUUCCUUCAGAGGAGGCGAGUGCUCCAGACAUCCUGCCUGCCUCUCCCACGCCCGCUGCUGGCAGCUGGGUGACUGUCCCUAAGCCAGCCCUCAGUCUGGACAGCUGCGGCAGUUCUCUGGGGCAGGAGGCACCGAGCAGUGAGGACGAGGACGUUACUGAGGCUACGUCGGGAGUCUUCACCGACUUGUCCAGUGAUGGCCUUCACACCGAGAAGCCAGGCAUAGUUCCAGCCUUGCGCUGUCUGCAGAAGCAGGUGGGGACCCCUGAUUCUCUGGACUCUCUGGACAUCCCGUCCUCAGCCAGCGAUGGUGGCUGUGAGGUCUUGAGCCCAUUGGCUGCCUGUCCCCAUGCCGGGCAGCCCCGUGCCGCGGAUAGUGGCUAUGAUACAGAGAACUAUGGGUCUCCAGAGUUUGUGCUCAAAGAGGCCCAAGAGGCGAGCGAGCCCGAGGCCUUUGGGGAACUAGCCUCAGAGGGUGAGAGCCCAGGGCCCGAGACUUUGCUCUCUGUCUCCCUUGGUGGCCUCAGCAAGAAGAACCCCUACCGAGACUCUGCCUACUUCUCGGACCUGGAUGCUGAGUCUGAACCCACCUUUGGCCUUGAGAAGUGCGGUGGGGUCCAGAACUCUCAAAAGGAGCAAGACCUAAAGAGCCCACCUAGUUCAGGGCAUCAGUCUGGGCAGGCUUUUCCCGGGCCUGAGGUGCCCAGGGAGGCCCCAGAUACUAACCCCAGGGAGGCGCUGCCCCCACCACAGCAGCCAGAGGAGUCCUUGCCGGAUGGCCCCAGGCCAGAGCCUCUUGGAGCUCAAGGCCCAGUUGAGGGGCAGCCUGGACCCAGCUCUAGGCAUUCUAAAGGCUUCCUGCUGACCUCAGUCCCACUGAGCUCUGAAGGCAAUGGUGUGGAGCCCCAGGACCCCCCAGGGCCAGCCCCGCUCGGGAGGAUGGGAAGCCCUAGCGUGCCCAGAUCCCCACUUUGCCUGGCCCUACCUGGCCGCCCAGGGGCUUUGGAGGGCCGGCCAGAGGAGGAAGAGGACGGCAGUGAGGACAGUGACGAAUCUGAAGAGGAGCUUCGAUGCUACAGCAUCCAGGAGCCCAGCGAGGACAGUGAGGAGGAGCCACCCGCGGUGCCUGUGGUCGUGGCUGAGAGUCAGAGCGCCCGCAAUCUGCGCAGCUUGCUGAAGAUGCCCAGCCUCCUGUCCGAGGCCUUCUGCGAGGACCUGGAGCGCAAGAAGAAGGCCGUGUCCUUCUUUGAUGACGUCACGGUCUACCUCUUCGACCAGGAGAGCCCCACCCGAGAGACUGGGGAGCCCUUCCCCAACACGAAGGAAUCACUCCCCACGUUCCCGGAGGGUAGCCCCGGCUCACCCAGUGCCCCGGGCCUGCCGCGGCGGGCUGACCACUUGCCCGACAGCUCCACUCCUGAACAGGGCAGUAGGUUCGAAUGGGAUGAUGAGUUCCCACUGGUGCCUGGCAAGGCUGCCUUGGUGACUGCACUGGACCCUGCCGACCCCGUCCUGGCCACGCCCACUACGCCAGCUGCGCCCUUCUCACGGUUCACCGUGUCGCCCACGCCUGCCUCCCGCUUCUCCAUCACUCACGUAUCCGACUCGGAGGCCCAGUCGGUGGGAGGCCCAGCAGCAAGUGCUGGGGGCCAAUGCACAGAGGCUUGAGGCCCGGGUAGUUUCGCCCUUCGGAGGCUGGUGUCACUGGAGCCCCUGCCAUCCUGUCCGGGCAGCAGCAAGGAUGGUGACUGGAAAUGAGUGGGGACCACCGACACCCCCACAGCUCCCUGGAGAAGCAGGUGGAUGAGAGGCCUCUAUCUAGCCCUGGACGCGUGGGGCCGUGGGCCUCCUGUGCUGCUUGAUGGGAGAAUGUGUCUUGAGUGGACACUGGGGUUUGCUGCUAGCCCCUGGACAUACCUGCAGCCCGAGAGCCUGUGGGUGUCCGUAAGCGUAUACAUACACACUCAAGAAGGGCCCCUGACCCCUCGGUGGCUCUGCACUCCUGGGCACACACACCCCCAAUCACCGCCCUGCAGCCACUCUUCCUAUAUGGCUGGUGGUGGUAAACUGGCCUCUGGCCAGGACCAUGCAAUCCAAGGGCCUGCAUGCCCUGUUGGCUACAUCCUGCCUCGUGUUCAAAGGACACUUGGCCAGGUUUCUAGGCUUUAAGCCUACAGGUCCCUUUUGGGUCCCCCACCUUUCUUACAUGGGUCUAGAUUUGCUCAGAGCAAGGCUGGACCCCUGGGCUCCAAGCCCUUAUCUCAGAGUCUGUGGCUGGCUCCCCUUCACUUUGUCUGCAGAAGCCCGUCCCCACAGGGGCCGUCUGGAUAUUCUGGCCUAGAUCCUGCUGCAGAGCAGAGGCUUCCAGGCUGCAGCCGGACCACCCUAGAGAUGCCCUCUACAGGGUAGUGUGGGCACUCUCCCUCACAGAGUGGUAACCUGCCCCAUACCCUGGUCAGGGGAGAAUAGGGUGUACCCUACAGCCACUGUGGGGCUCCUGCCUGCAGGCAGGGCUGGGAGAAUACAGGGCUGGGGUGGGCCGCACAGGGAAUAUUUUUUGUAAUUUGCUGGAGUGAAUGGAGAUGGGGUGAUUCUAAGUUAUUGUUGCCAAAGACAUGUAAAGUAUAUUGUUGCUUUGGGAGCUGGGCAAUGUGUUUUGUUUUUGUUGUUUUUAGUUUGAGGCUUAGGA